AUGUAUCAACAAUUACAAACAUUUAUAUAUUUACUGCUGCUGUAUGGUGUAUCCCUAACAAAGGCAUUGACAAUUAGGCAGGAAGCAAAUGAUGCACCCACUACCGCUGUACCACAAACAACACCACUGUUUCCCAGCAUUCAUAGAGUACGAAAUGCUUUCGCCUAUGAGGAUGCUGACGAUGUCAUACAUGUCAUCGAGCCACCAAAACAUUUUGAACAAUUGAAAAUUUUAAUGCAAAAACGCCAGAAAAUACAACCAAUUGUGAUUGGUAGAGACAAUGGACCGAUACCGUUGCAAAAACCAAUCAAACGAGAUCCGCCAUUACCAGCGAAAACAAGACCAGGCAGACCUUUGGUUAAGGGAAUGCCCAAGAAAGUAGUUAAAAAUCUCAGACCCACCAAGAAACCUUUGGAUGUGGACUUGGAGAUACAAGAAACGGAAAAUUUACCAAUUGAAAUCUUGGCUUCCGUUAGGAAAACGGAAAAUUAUUUAAAGAAGUAUAAACCCAAGAUUCCGUCAGCACCACGACAACGUGUCAAAACCAAAAAGAUACAAACUGUUAUUUGGGAAAAAUCACAGGAACAACAACAAUAUGUCCAAGGCAAGGAGCAAAAAGUUAAUGGUAUUCGAGAAUAUUAUCAGCCCCAGGAGAAAAAUACCAAUCGUCGUAAAUUCAUCAAGAAACGGAUUAAACGACAAACCGAACUGGCUGACUAUGAGACACUGAAGGGCGAUCAACUAUUGGAACACAUCAAUGAAUUGGUAAAAAAUGCUUCAAUUUAUUUGGAAAAUUUUAAAGUUUAUGAAGAUAUUGAUGUAGGCACCAGCACAAGCACAACCGAGGAUACUGGAACGACAACUUUACUACAGAAGGAGAUUCAAUGUAUGCAGAGUAUAAUAAAAGCUGUUAAUACAACCACAUUUGAGAAACACAUCCGCACCCCGCCAAGUAGUACUCCCCGACCACAAGGUCUGACAACAACGGCAGCUAAACGGUAUGGCGAACGUUUACGUGAACGCAAAUCAAAAGACUUAAGACACAAACCUUUUCUGGUGGCCACCGUUGAAGAUGAAUAUUUUACAGACUCCUCGCCCUCACCCCUAAACACAUCAUUGAUUUAUGAUGAUGUCAUGACAACCAUACGAAAUUUAUUACAAGCAACUAAUUUACAGAAUCUGGAAGAAUCCACACUACCAUCGUCAUCAUCAUCUUCAUCAAACUCUGAGACGGAAAUAACCCCCGAAAUUCUUGUCAAUUGGGAGGAGUUUUCCAUACCACAGGAUAAUUCAGAGCAGCCAGUAGAUUUUCACAAUCUCAAUCAAUAUUUAAAUUCUCUACAAACCAUUGUGGCCAAUUUCCCCGCGGGUGGUAUUUACAAUUUACCACAACCAUUUCAUCCAAAAGAUCGUCUGCCGCUGGCACCACCCUCAACAAUUUUCCGAAAAUUUCCCGAUAUUCCAUCCAUAAGCGAGUAUUUGGGCGCCAGUGGUUCUCUACUGAAGGCCACACAAAAUGUUAUUGAAAUUUUAUAG